AUGCCAUUCUGGCAGCCCUUCAGAAGCUUGCUGAUGAGGCGCGGGUUUCUGGUGAUCCGUCGGCCCCGCGAUAUGAAGCAAUUCUUCGCCAGACCAGACCCCUUUCCUCUUCCGUGGAGUUUGGUGAUAUCAUUACUCGUCUCGUUGGCAGUAAAGAGGAGAGCGAGGUUGCCAAUUCUAUCCCCAAGAUGUCCAGACAACGGGGUUCCAGUGGUUUCCAUCCCUACGCAAGAUGGAAUACGCCGCAACGCUCGUCCCCUUAUGUUCGAGAUGUUCCGCCUCGCGGCUCACGUAGGGGGCGUGGAGUCUGUUUUAACUGUGGUCAGCGCGGACAUUUCCAAAGACAGUGUACUUCUUUUUUAUCUUAAGAAGUUGUCAUUAAAGUUGUGUGGGAAUUACCUUUGCUUUCAUUUAUUUUCUCUUAGUUGUUACUCUUCCCUUGCGUACCAGUAUUGUCGUGCCUUGGGUGCGGGUGUCUAAUGCCUUUUAUGCCUCUUUGAGGUUGCUUAAGGCCGGCAAUUCUGGUGGGCUUCCCUCGCUCUCCCUCUUAGGUUUCCGUUGUUUUGUUUCAGGAAUCGCUUCCUUGUGUCUCGUUCGAUCCUGAGUUCUUUGCGUCUAUUUCUUGUGAAUCACCGCCUAGUGUCACGCAGAAGUGGUGUAACUGGGAGGGCGAGCCCACCAGUUUUGUCGGCCCAGUCCCCUCGCCUCAACAGGUGGCUGCCUUACGCGUUCAAGCUAGUCCACGCAUGCUCACUUUCAGAGACCCGUCUUUUUUUGUUCCUGGUCAGCUUCAUAACAACUUAGCUCAAUGGGAGUUCAUUGCUGAACAUUUUCCUCCUAAAAGGGAGCCAAUGUGUUUUGUCCGAGAUAAAGUGAAUGUGGCGUCCUUCGUUGUUCCCUUUAAAGGCAAGUUCGCGGGAAAAUUUUUCAAUUCACCAUUUCCCCCUAAGAUGGAAUUUCCUAACAGCCCUAUUUGUGCUCAGUUUGAGGAAUUUAUUUCCUCUACUAUAACAGAUCGCGUUAAAAACGGCUCUCUUGUAUUUUGGGGCAGGGUAGGUCAAGUUGAAGCUCCUCAUCUUGUUAUGCCUAUAACUGUUGAGCCUUCGAAGCCAAGAAUGUGUCACGAUGAACGGUUCCUAAAUUUGUGGAUCAAAGAUUGCCCCUUUUCCCUAGAUUACCUUUCUGAUCUUCCAAGAUACAUUGGUUCUGGUCAUUAUCAGAUCGUGUGUGAUGACAAAAGUGGCUAUGACCAUAUUUGUCUUUCCCCCUCCAGCAGACGCUAUUUGGACUUAAGUGGAAGGCCUGUUAUUUCGUGUACAAUACCCUCCCCUUCGGGUGGAAGGCGAGUGCGUAUGUGUAUUACACAACUGGUUUAUUGGCAACAAGUUAUAUAAGAACUUUGGGCGUUCCCUGUUCCCAGUACAUCGAUGAUCGCCAUGCAGGACAGCUUAUGGUUCGCAGGGACCCCAAUCUACCAGUUUGGUCCGACUUUGAAUUAGCUGAGGCGGCGGCUUAUAUUGUCGUUUCAGUUCUUACUUCACUGGGGUAUACCCUUGCUCUAUCGAAGUCGUCUCUCGUCCCUUCCCAGCGCGUGCGUUUUUUGGGUUACCUUUGUGACUCUCUUUUGUUAGCGUUCGUCCUUACAGAAGACAAAAAGCUCAAGUUUAAGACCUUAAGAGAAUCUAUUCUGUCUCAAGAUACUGUGAAUCUUAAGACUCUGCAACGCUUUGCAGGCAAAACCACUUCGUUUUCUAUCGCGGUACCCGCGGCUCGACUUUAUACUCGCGCCUCGUUCCGUGCUAUCUCAUCCUGCAUCAAGUCCCCUCAUAAGUCCAUUAAAGUCUCGGGCGAUUUGCGAAGGGAAAUCCUUUACUGGAGAUUUCUGGACAACUGGCAAGGUUGUCUCCCCUGGUUCGAAGAGAGGCAUGUUGUCAUGACUACGUAUUCUGAUGCAUCCAACUCUGGCUGGGGUGGUGUCUUUCCCGAUGAAUCUGGAAAUUCCUUUGAAGUACGCGACUACUGGACACCCUCCGAUCGCUCGCAGCCGAUUGUCAUUAGGGAGGCCCUGGCCCUCAAGAAUACCAUUCUGGCCGGUGCGGGAUCUCUUGCGGCCUCCCGAAUUGACGCUCACGUGGACAGUCUUCCCUUAGUUCGUGCAUGGUCCAAUCAGGGUGGUAAGAGCAAAGCUCUUUCCGACGUCAUCCAAGCCAUCUAUGAAACCACUUUGAGGUUUAAUAUCGCCCUGUCCUUAGUGUAUGUCCCCUCGGGGGAUAAUCCAGCAGACACCCCCUCCAGGGCCCUCUCGGACAGUGAUUGCAUGCUGUCUCCUCGUUUUUGGAGAGAAGUCGAGCGGUGUUGGGGCCCUCAUUCCAUCGAUCUAAUGGCUUUAGAUUCUAAUGCUCCCCGUGACUCUCAUGGCGUGCGUUUGAGGCAUUUCACCCCCUGGCCUAGUGUGGAGUCUGCGGGAGUCAAUAUUUUCACUCAAACCCUCCAGCCCUCGGACAACGCGUACGUUUUCCUUCCUUUGGCUUUGGUUGGGAUAGUCUUGCGCUUUUUAUCCUCCCAGCCUUGUCCUUUUACCUUUGUUACUCCUGAUCCUCAUCCCCGUCGUUACUGGUGGCCUAUUAUUUCAGGCCGCUCUACAGAUUCGGUCCGCCUCGGCGCUUUGGGCGACCUUGACGUACUUUUGUUUCCUACUCCGAAUGGCUCAUUCCUUACCAAGCCUUUACCUUGGGACCUUUGGGCGUUUAGGGUACGUCCUAAUCCCUGUAUUUCUGUUUAGGGUUUGUUUUCGGUCCCCCGCGUUUGGCGCCCAGCUGUACAGUGUAACGAAUGCUCGUAUCCAAAUGAUGACUGUUUCCAGUUCUGUCAGCGAUGUGGGCUCCAAAGAUAUGGUUCUAAUGCUUUGGGUCCCUCCUCCAAGAAGUUUAAGAUUGACUUAGAACAGUUAGAAGCCAGAAUUAAAGAUCUCGACUCCGCCAGAGCCUCUACAGCCUACCAACGCCAGAAAUCACAGUUGGAGGCUGAGUUUUCGGGUUUCCUGGCAUCUUUGCAACCACGCAAGAGUCUAUUUUCCUCCACACCGAGGGACAUUGUCAGAUUUUUGGUCUGGAAAGAUGGGAAGGGCAAAACGAUGGUGCACAAAGACUCGUGUCAGUUCUUCGGUUUACAGGGCAAACAGACCUGUAACUGUCCCACUCGGUUAUCUGCAGGCACAGUGGACUCCCUUAUCGGAAAACUGCGAUCUAUUUUCAAUGCGUUGGGCCGUACCAGUGACUGGGAUGAUCGCUUUGGUUCUGGAAAUCCUGCCUCGCACUUAUGCGUCAAGCAGUAUCUUAAGUCUAUUCAAUCGGAGCAGUCACAGGCCAGGGUAUCUCCGAAGCAAGCCACCCCGUCUUCUUUGACAAGUACAAGAAGCUCGUGUACUACCUAA